AACCACAUAAACAGCUUCACCCCUUGACCUCCCAGACAUGAUCUACGCCAUGUACGACUGCCAUGUUCACUCUCCCGGCACCAUGACGACGAUUGGCAAGUUCUAGCCCGUUGGACCGCGCAUGACAUGACGUGGAUGGACGUCUCCAAUCUGCUAUCGCAUCGAAUUAAUAUAACGUUUCAAAGGAAUGCGGACAUUCAUAUCAACAGAUCAGAGAAUGAGCAUAACUCACUCCGAGUGUAGCCGAUGUCUACCGGCCUAAAAUAUCAGGUGUCUGGCCAAAAUCCAGAUGAAAGUCCUGCCAGUCGUCCCAAAUACUCCGAAGCAUCCGUUCUUCCCGGGAUUCAGAAUGCAAUGAACAGGGUUCCUUCAACCUCUUUGCUCUUGUUGCAUAUCCUCAUCUUCCUUUGCACCCUCAUUCACAUGCCUAUUCGUCCCUUCAUGAGCACGAUGCAUGGCCUUCUGACUACAUGUGGAUGCAUCCCCGGGGUACCGACGGAUAAUCAUAAUCUGUAUAGUGCACAACCCAACAUAGGGCGGGAAAGCCAACAACCUGUGCAUGGGCUGAUACAAAGACCGGCCCGAGGAUAUCCAUGCGGGCAGUGCACUGCCCACAUUGGGUGAGGAUAGAGACUCCGUACCCAUAUCACAUUGUUGCCUAGCAUGUAUCCACUGUGAUCAGAGCGUAGUCCAGUACUCCGUA